UUUGUUCUAAUAUAAUACAGUGCCAAUAUUUAUCGGUAUCAAUGGCAGCCCGCACUAAGGUAAAACUUCAUACUAUUUUCAACCGAAUGCGCGUUUCAUACGGAAAAUUCAGUCUAUUGUAAGUGAUUUUUAAAAAAGUAUAAGUAUAACUAUAAGUUAAAACAUCGCAAAAUAGUAAUUGUUGUAUUAGCGGUUAUUCAUUUCUCAAAUUGCGGACCAAACGAAUCUCACUUAUUUAGGUUAGUGCAAAAGUAGCCCAUCGGUUCGCCAUGUUGCCGAUCCGUUUGCCCAACACUUUGUUAGCCAGUCGCCGGCAACAGGCUCUUACGCCCAGCCCCACGGAACCCAAAGUACAGGUCCGGCCGUUGACUAAAGAUUCGUUGGAGACAAGGCAACACGUGCCUGCCGCUACUGCGGGUUAUGGUUACCAAACUAAAAACAAGGCUAGCGUGCUCGACGGAUCCGUUUUGCCCAGUAAAUUCGAACCUUUUCCCAGCGAGUUAUAUGGCAAACCGCUCGAAGAAAUCGACAACUUCAUAUUCGAUGAGACGUUUUGUGUGGUAUCCAAAAGGUUUCGAAAAAACUAUAUACACCGUUUUACUGCUACCAAGUCUUUCUUUAUGUUUUCCCCGUGGAACUCGUUCCGGCAUCUUUGCAUCUACAUUUCCACCAACCAAAUAUUUGAUUAUGUGGUUAUGGCCACUAUUUUGCUCAAUUGUGUCUUCCUAGCCAAAACUGAUUCGGUUGAAGAAGCUGAGUACAUAUUCUUGGCCAUCUACACGGCUGAAAUGAUCAUCAAGACAAUAUCCAAAGGAUUCAUAUUGAACAAGUACACGUACUUGAGGAAUCCGUGGAACUGGCUUGAUUUCAUCGUCAUCACUUCGGGUUACGCCACUAUCGGCAUGGACGUGGGAAAUCUAGCCGGACUGCGUACGUUCCGGGUGCUCAGGGCACUCAAAACCGUCUCCAUCAUGCCAGGUCUCAAGACGAUCAUUAACGCGCUGUUGCAUUCCUUUCGUCAAUUAGCCGAAGUCAUGACUUUGACCAUAUUUUGUUUGAUGGUAUUCGCCCUGUUCGCUCUGCAGGUUUACAUGGGCGAGCUUCGAAAUAAAUGCGUCAUGGUCAACGAGCACAAUCAUGUGUGGCAAACAUGGAUAAGUACAAAGGAACACUGGCUGUCCGACGUCAAAGGUAAACCGGUAUUGUGUGGCAACGUUACAGGGGCGAGACAUUGCCCGGUCGGAUAUUUUUGCAUCAGCGUCGGUCCGAACCCCAAUCACGGUUAUACGAAUUUUGACAAUUUCCCGUGGUCCAUGUUGACCACAUUCCAGUUGAUCACGUUAGACUACUGGGAAAAUGUCUACAAUAAUGUGUUGGCGGCAUGCGGACCGAUGAGCGUGAUAUUCUUCACCGUGGUCGUGUUCUUCGGUUCGUUCUACCUGAUCAAUCUCAUGUUGGCCGUGGUUGCCCUGAGCUACGAAGAGGAAGCGGAAAUCACACAAGAGGAGAGGCGAAAAGACUUGACGGAUUACCGGGACGAGUCCACGUUCAGUUUCGACCCGAGCCGCAUACCCGUGAAACAGCUGCAAGAGAAAGAAAACCGACCGCCAAAGAAGUUGGACGGUAGGAAAACGCUAUUGUUGUCGUCGGUGACGCGAAAACGGAAGAAGUCGCGUAGGCGGCGACCUACUCAGAACCAGCGGCAAAGAGGGCAACCGGACGCUAAUCAGAGCAACAACUCCGCGACGGCUACCGGCGACACGAAUUCUGCAGAAGACGACGACGAAGACGGUGACGACUACUUGGGCAGUCGGUCGUCGACUCCGAGUCCAAAUCGUCGGGUCCAGCCUUCGGAUCGACCGGUGACGCCGUCCCCUAAACCGGUUUCAACUCCUCCGCCCCAGCCGGAGCCGCCACCCACAGUUAAUCCGGCUAAAUUGGCUGUGGACACACUUAGGCCCUGCGCCCUAGUAGCACCCCAAGGCAGGGAAAGAUGGCUUUUGGGUAGCAGACAAGGCAGCGCUAAUACCAGCGAGGGGUACAACAGGGAUUCGUCGCUGGACGACUCCGGCGUGGUGGAUGAUCACGAAGACGGGGAAGUAACCUCGCUAUCGCAUUCUCAUCACACUUCGCCACAGCCACAGCAAUGCGGAUACCAUCAGUUACCCCAGACCGGCGGCAGCGACGAUGGUGGUAGUUUAGCCGCAUCCAAGAACAUUAAGGUGAUCAAAUGCAAUGGCCUGAAAACGAAGCCGUUUGGUCGGAAAGGCGAACCCGAGUACGUGUCUCAGGUGGUGGUUAUCGACGAUUCGGUCGACCGGUGCUGUCCGAAUUUCAACAUAAAUUAUUGUGUCGACUACCAGACUUGGUCGCAAGUUCAAAACUGUCUGUACAAGGUUGUCAGGGAUCCGUUAUUCGAGUUGUUCAUAAUGGCUUGUAUUAUAUGCAACACUAUAGUUUUGGCCACCGAACAUCACGGCAUGUCAGAAAACGUUGCCAAUAUCUUAGAUGUCGGAAACAAGGUUUUUACUGCUAUAUUUACCGUCGAAUGUCUGUUCAAGUUGAUUGCUCUGAGCAACGAAUUCUUCAAUUGUGGUUGGAAUAUAUUCGAUAUGAUCAUAGUGACGGCGAGUCUGCUGGAUCUAUCGUUCGAAAUGAUCGACGGUCUCUCAGUUCUACGUUGUUUGAGACUGCUGAGAGUGCUAAAGCUGGCCCAGUCUUGGACCACGAUGAAAGUGUUGCUGAGCAUCAUCAUAUCGACCAUAGGAGCGCUGGGCAACCUCACGUUCGUGCUGAUCAUUAUUAUAUACAUAUUCGCCGUCAUUGGCAUGCAACUGUUCUCAAAGGAAUAUACGCCCGAAAAGUUCUACCCCGAUCCCGUUCCCAGAUGGAAUUUCUCAGACUUCUUCCAUUCGUUUAUGAUGAUUUUCCGGAUUUUGUGCGGCGAGUGGAUCGAGCCGCUUUGGGACUGUAUGAAAGCCGAAGAAGAAGAAGGGUUCGGUAUUUGUUUUGCCGUUUUCUUGCCCGCAUUAGUCAUGGGCAACUUCAUGGUGCUCAAUUUGUUUUUGGCCUUGUUGCUGAACAGCUUUAAUUCGGAGGAACUGAAAUCGAAAAAAGAGCAAGGUCAACAGGAACUUGACGACGAAGCGGCCCAUUACAGGGAGCGGUGGGCUCAUCACGCUAGAGUUAUCGGUAGUGUUUGCCGCAGGUGUAGAGAAAAUCAAAAUCUUUCCAAGAGGUCCUCGAUAAGUCUGACAUAUAUUCCCAAAGACACGACAGUGUCUCUGAUAGACUACGAGGAGGUCGGCGACAGUUCCAAAUUGGAGAGAAGCUUUCAGCGCAUCAGGUCUAUAAUCAGGAAACGCAAACGGCGGCAGUCCAGGACCGAAACCGCUACGUGCGAUGCUUCGGACAAUUUCAAACUGGAAAAUACUGUCAGGCAAUUGAUGCGAAUCAAAAGUGAAAAAGACAACACGGUGAAAUCCGAACCGUUGGAAAUGGUCAACGACAAAUGCACUUGCGAACUUCCAGACAACUGCAGCGAGUACAAGACAGACACCAAUCAUCCACCGGAAGAUGGUGGCCAUAAUGAUGGUGUUUCUUCACUAGUGCUGAACGUUAGCUGCUUGGAUCAACAGGAGAGGACAGACCACAAGGCAAUUCAAAGGGCCGUGACCGAAGACUCGUCGGAUACGGGGUUUUUUCAAGGACCUAUUACGGCUCAACCAACGCCAGUGUACAGUCGUCAGGCGUCCACUUCCGAAGAUCUACUUUACCAUCAAAUAAUGCAAGACGCAAUGUGCUAUGCUCCCACGUUGACCAGAGAUUUGGAUUUGCCCAUAUUGGACGAGACAUUUGAACUAUCCGAACAUUACAUGAGUCCGCCGCCCGCUGGCUUACACCGAAGGUCUUACAUACUGGCCACGAGACAAGAAAGCAGCAAAGACACUGUUGACGAAUCGAGUUUCUUGAAUGAAAACCAGGACGCCAACGUGCAAUUAACAGAGGAAAAACCCAAAAAGAAACCCUGGGUAACUCUGGUGUCGUACGUGGACGAGUUGACGUUGGGCGGGAGAAGAGAUUCCAAAGGCCAUUUUGUAGACACGGCACCGAGUUUUCCGGGUUUUGGCAGAAACAAGCAAUCCAAACAACCUCAAGAAUGCUUUCCCUACAGUUGCUAUCAAAGGACGGGAUUGAAACAGGAAUGGGUGGAGUCGGUGUUCGGCGAGCGAUGGAUGGCGUUCCGGCAGAAGACGUUAAUCAUUGUGGACACUCCCGUGUUCGAAUGGUUUAUAUUGGUAUUAAUAUUCGCCUCGAGCGUGACUUUGUGUUUCGAAGACAUUUACUUGGACGACAACAAACCGCUGAAGACCGUCUUGUAUUGGACAAACUUCACGUUUUGCGUCAUAUUCACCAUCGAACUCGUGCUGAAAUGGAUCGCUCUGGGCAUUUACAAGUACUUCACAAGUUUCUGGACGGCGUUGGACUUCAUCAUCGCUAUGAUGUCCAUAUUCAGCUUGUUGAUCGACGAGAACGAAAAUCUAAAAGUACUCCGGUCGCUAAGAACACUCCGGGCGUUGAGGCCUUUGCGGGCCAUUUCCAGAUGGCAAGGCAUGCGAAUAGUGGUCAACGCUUUGAUGUACGCGAUCCCGUCCAUUUUCAACGUGUUACUGGUGUGUCUGGUCUUCUGGUUGAUAUUCUCCAUCAUGGGCGUUCAGUUUUUCGGCGGCAAGUUUUUCAAGUGCGUCGACGAUAGCGGCGAACUGCUGUCGGUCAACAUUGUCAACAACCGGAGUGACUGUAUGAUGAACAACUACACUUGGCUAAAUUCGAAAAUAACGUUCGACAACGUGGGCAUAGCGUACUUAGCUCUCUUCCAGGUGGCCACUUUCGAAGGUUGGAUGGAAGUGAUGGCUGAUGCGGUAGACGCUCGCGGAGUCGACCUACAACCCGAGUACGAGGCCAAUUUGUACGCUUACAUAUACUUUGUAAUAUUCAUAGUGUGUGGAGCGUUUUUCACGUUGAACCUGUUUAUCGGAGUUAUCAUCGACAACUUUAACAUGCUAAAAAAGAAGUACGAAGGAGGUGUGCUGGAAAUGUUUCUUACCGAAAGCCAAAAACAUUACUACACGGCCAUGAAGAAACUCGGCCGGAAAAAACCGCAGAAAGUGAUCAAACGUCCUGUCAAUCAGUUCAUGGCGAUUUUUUACGACCUGUCUAACUCAAGAAGGUUUGAGAUAGCGAUAUUCGUACUGAUAUUCCUGAACAUGCUGACCAUGGGCAUCGAGCACUUUGACCAACCCGUGUCGGUGCUUUUCAUUUUGGAAGUCUGCAACGCGUUUUUUACUACGGUCUUUGGAUUAGAAGCCUUGGUGAAAAUUAUCGGACUCCGGUUUCAUUACUUCACGGUGCCUUGGAACGUUUUCGAUUUUCUCUUGGUGUUGGCGUCCGUCCUCGGCAUACUCAUGGAAGACAUCAUGAUCGACUUCCCCGUCUCACCGACGCUGUUGAGAGUGGUCCGGGUGUUCAGGAUAGGCAGGAUACUGCGACUGAUUAAGGCUGCCAAAGGCAUAAGGAAGCUAUUGUUCGCCCUGAUUGUUUCUCUGCCGGCGCUGUUCAACAUAGGCGCCUUACUCGGCUUGAUCACGUUCAUAUACGCCAUCAUAGGCAUGUCGGUAUUUGGCCACGUGAAAAAACAGAAGGCCAUCGAUGACAUGGUGAACUUCGAGACGUUUGGCAGAAGCAUGCAGCUAUUGUUCAGGCUCAUGACUUCGGCCGGAUGGAACGACGUUCUAGAAUCUCUGAUGGUUCAACCGCCGGAUUGCGAGCUGGAAGCACCGGGAAUGCCCAACGGAAAUUGCGGACAUCCGAUUUUGGCCAUCACUUACUUCACCAGUUUCAUUAUAAUCAGCUACAUGAUUGUCAUCAACAUGUACAUUGCUAUAAUAUUGGAAAACUUCAACCAGGCGCACCAAGAAGAAGAGAUCGGCAUCGUCGAAGACGACCUCGAGAUGUUCUAUAUCCGAUGGUCCAAAUUCGACCCGCACGCCACCCAGUUCAUUGCUUUCAACCAGAUAUCGGACUUCAUAGCCAGCCUGGACCCUCCUUUAGGCAUACCCAAGCCCAACAUCGUGGCUCUGGUCAGUUUCAACUUGCCCAUUGCCCGCGGCAACAAGAUACACUGUUUGGACAUACUCCACGCUCUGGUCAAACACGUGCUAGGUCACGUCGAGGAAACGGACGAAUUCAAAAAGCUUCAAGAUCAAAUGGACGUCAAGUUCAAAAAACAAUUCCCCACGCGCAAAGAACUGGAAAUCGUGUCGUCGACCCGGCUGUGGAAACGCCAAGACAAGGCCGCCAGACUAAUACAGAGGACUUACAGAAAUUUCAGAAGGAGGAAAAAAGAUGCAACUGCAGACUUGUACUCGGAUACACAGUCUUCGAGCCCCGGGGGCUGGCAGUCGCGUAUCUCGUCGUUCUUGCACGUCAAAGGCAGAUCGAUAAGCGGAAUGGGCGGAGCCGGCGAUCGCGGGUCCAGAGCCUCUUCCAGAAAAUCGUCCAGAGCUUCCGACGCUUCUGACAUAUCCGAGCUCGGUGCGUCGGUAUGGCUCAAUUUGCCCAUGUUCUUGUUGAACGGCGCUCAGUCCGAAGGCGCUAUCAAGCUCGAGGAGCAAUCGCCGAAGAAAAAAUCACUGACCGAACAAGCGCCGGUACACAUCACCAUCAGCGAACCGUCGCCCGAAUCGAAACCGUCCGUGCUUCCGUUGACGUUGAACGGCCAACGGCUGGAAGAGUCGAUUGGCCUGAGGCAACCUCAGACGGCCAACGUGAGCAUCACCAUAACGGACGCCUCGCCGGACAGUAGCGUUGCCGAGUCCAGGGCUUUGGCCGCUCAGACUACCGCGGCGGCGGCGGGCAACGCUACAGCUCACUCCAAGCGCUUGGCUUUCCGGAGGGCGACCGAAGCGAAAAUCGUACAGCACAAGGCGCUCGUGCACAGAGCCUCUGAAGGAUCGCACAGCUGAUGGGACGGUGUCGGUCGCCUGACCCACAACUGGGAUGGCUAAAAAGGCAAAGAAAUGAUUUUCGGUUGACCCACAAAGAAAAAAAUGUUUUUAAAAACGCAUCCCGAGACUUGAAACCGUUUUUUUUUUUUUUUUACCAAAACGGAUAUUUUAUUAUCGUGUCGAUUUCCGUUUUGAUUGCCUCGAUAGCGGGACCAGAUAAUCGUCAAAAUGAGUACAUUUACAUUUACUACAAUAAUCAGAGUUGGGCGUUAUUUUAAUUUUUUUUUUUAUUGUUACCUAGAUAAAGCGAUCAAUAAAAAAAGUUAUCUUUUAUUCGGUUAUUUGUGUAUUAUUCGAAUUGUUUGUGACAAAAUAAUAAUUUGUAUACGUUAUCUUUUAUUAAAGAUUUUGUGUUUUUUUUUUGUUACUUAUAAAUUAAAAACUAUUUAAGAUUGUUUUUUUAUUUAUUAUUGCUCACAUUUGUUUUAAAUGAUUUGAAAAUGACCGAGAUUUUUUUUAUUAUGUUAUUUAAAUUUUGCCCAACUUUGAAUAUAAACUAUGUUUAUGAAAAUGUCAAAUUGACAUUAUGGUUUCCGUGUUCAGUAUAUUAUUUCGUCAAGACUGUACGCUAAACUUAAAAUUGUAUUAUACUUAAUUUCUUCUUUUUAAGGCUUUUCAAUGAAUGCUUGUUUACAUUGUUUUUGAGUAAUUACCAUUUUAUUCGUUGGAAACUCAAUUGAAUACACACCAAAGAAACUUAUUCAUUUUUUCGACGUUGACAAAAUUAUAGUAUACUUUAAACGCUUAGGCUAUUUGAUUAUCGUUAUUUUACCAGACUCUUAUUAAACACGUCGUAUUUAACACAUUUGUAUGAUUGUUAUGGUCCAAUUUAAAUCGAUCUUAUUAUUCACAACCGAAAGGAUUGAACUCAAAGCCAGUGAAUAAUUUUGCUUGUAUUAGUCAUUAUGAAAAAAAAAACGGUUUCAUAUAAGUCGGUUGGGUGUUUUUUUUUUAAAGGGGAGGAAAUAAGCAACUUCCUAGCCGUCAUUUUAGUUAGAACAAGAUUUUGCGGAAUUAAUAAGUAUUGAAAUCGUAUAUGCUCGGUUCAAAUGUCGUGUACCGCGUUGGACUGACAACAUUUUAAAUUUAUCUAUUUCAAAUUUAACGAACUACGGUUUACACUAAUAGGUAGCAUUUGUUUUCUAUUAAUAUAAAUUGUAUAAUAUGAUAAUUAUCAAUCGCGUGACAUAUAAUUAUUUUUUAUGCAUUUUUUAAAACAGACAAUAAUAAUACUUAGCGUACGCUGUUGAUGAACAUGUAUAAUAAUUAUUAUAAUAUUGUGUAUUAAUAAGGGAUUCCGUUAUAUUUUCCUCAGUAUUUUAACGGUUUUAGAACUAGUAUUAAUGAUUUCAUUAUACAUUCGUCAACGAAGGCGAUUAAUUAUUCGUAUAAAACGACUUUUGGAUUUUUAUAAUUUAUCUAAGUUUUUUCAAAUAGAAUAUAAAUUCGGAAACCGACUGAAAUUUACAAUAGUAGAUAAAUAGUGCUUCUACUAAAUAUAAUGUAUAUUCUAAAACCAGCGAUUAUAAAAAAAAAAUUAAUAAUAAGUACCAGAUAACUAUAAUAACCGUGUCAGAAGUAGUUUCUUUUUAUUCCAACUCUUUCUCUUGGCAUACAUUCUUUGUAACGAAUAAAUAAUUGUACUAUAAUAUUACUCGGAGUUGGACUAGAUUCCAAUAUUUUUUUUAUCUUGGCGAAACGAUAAAUAAAAAAAAAUCAUACUAAUUUAAAUGUUUUUAUUCGAUUAUUUAUAACAAAACUGUUGUGCAAAAUUAUGUUAUUGGCGAAUAAAAAAUUAUCUACUAUCAAUUAAAAAUCUCAUUUAAAUUUUGUCUAACUCUGAUGUAACUAUUUACAAGAAUUACAUAUCGCAAAAAUAUGCCUAUAACAAAAUGAUAAUAUUGUAAUUGUUCUUCUUCCUAAUUUGUUGACAAGUAGAAAACAUUAAGUGUCCGUACUGAAUUUUUGUGAGAAACAUAAUUUAAACAUUAUAAUGACUUUUUAGUUAGAACAUUAUCAGAUCUCAAAAACGAGUAUAACAGUAAUCUUUGAGGAUUAUUGUUAAUAAACAGUACAAUAUAAUGUUCUUAAUAUCUAACCAUAAAAAGAUAAAAUAAAAUAAAUCCAUUUUAUCCCAUUUAUUUAUUUAUUUUUUUUUUUUGAAGCCAUAAACAAUUUUUAUCUUUGAUGAAUUUGUUAAUGUUAAAAUAUCUGUACGUUAUUUAUAAUCGUCUGUUAAUAGUAUUAAAACGAAAACAAAUAUAUAAAAAAUAUUAAAUAUAAUGAAUUUUUCAACUUUCAUAAUAUACACUUAUAAUGAAUGUAUUAAAGUAAUUUUCUUCCUUUUUCCCUGUACUCUUCAAUAUUAUUGUUGUUAGAAAAGAAAAUAUAAUAAAAUACAUAUCCCGCACGAUCUUAGGAUGUAUAAUUUAUUUCCGUAUCGGUUUAGUUCAUGGCAUAUCUUGUAGGCCGUUGUUGAAGUAUACUCGCUUGUGUUAGUUAAAAAUUUAAGUUAAGUCGUAACUCAAUGUUUUGACCAGCGGUGUCUUUGGAUACUAAAGGCGGUGGUCAAUGCCAUAGUCAAAGACAGCCACUGCAAAAAUUGCAAUGAUAAUAAUAAUUACAAUAAUAAUUGUUAUUUUGUGUAGAAGUUUGAUAUUUUUUGUAAUUGUUAAUUAUAAUAUGUUAAUCAUUUUUUUUUUUUUUUGUUACGAUGUUUGCAUUGACUGCAACGCCUUUAACUAGAGCUUCUUAGUAUAUAAUAUAAAAAUAACACCACAAUAAUAUUGUACUUGUAUAGACUUUGACUGCUUAAGGUCUCCUAUUUAAUUACUACCACUAGUGCCUCGAACUUUUCGAUUAGCUGCGACAACGCUCUUUUUUUCACUCACUUUGUGAUAUAUACACUUUUAUUAUAAAUAAAACAACAUAAUAGUUAGUACUUAAUAUUCUAACGUUGUUGUACUAAUCUGAACGGCAACAAUUAUAUAAUAUUAUUAUAAUAAAUGUAAAAAAGCAACGAGUGCUUACUUAGUUGAUUUUACUUAAUGAUACUUUAAUGUUUCAUGGCCGUAAUAGUAACGGUUUUUUAUUGUACCCGUUUACCGUACUUUACCAAUUUGUGCACUUUGGGUAAGCUUUAGAUGUAUUUUUCUUAG